AUGCGGCAGCAAAAGUGCUGCAUGGGCGUUCGUGCAGUGGACAACUCGUUCUGCUGUCACGAUUCCUCGCGGCGUAUGCACAUCCCAGAGCUCUGGCUCCGACUCGUUACGCCUCAAUUCAGUAGCCGGACAAAACGUGAACAACUUCCCUCCGCGCGAUACAACCGCCUGGAGGAGAAACUGUGCGAGCUUUGCUGGAUGACUGGAUCCAGCUGGCCACUCGUAUGCUGCGACGGCACCGUUUACUUUCGUCUUUGUUUGCGCUUCUUCGCCUUCAUAGAACUUGAUAGGCACACAGUUAUCAAAUAUUUGGAUCAACAGAACAUCAACAAUGCCUACGUUUCCGGCAUGAAGGAAGACCUGAAUCUCUUUGGGAACGAGCUGAAUCUCUUCACGACAUACUUCAAUGCCGCCUACUGCGUCAUGCUCAUUCCCUCUCAGAUCAUUCUGACCUAUGUCCGACCCAGUUUCUGGCUACCUGGUCUGGAAAUCGCCUGGGGAGUUUUAACCGGGUUGAUUGCUAUGUGUAACAGUGCGAAGCAGAUAUACGUUCUGCGAGUCUUCCUCGGUCUCUGCGAAAGUAGUGCGUGGCCUGGAAUGAUGACCUUAUUUAUGUAUUGGUACACCCCCACCGAGCUUGCCAAACGCAUGGGAUUCUAUCAGUCGUGUCAAGCUGCGGGACAGAUGAUGUCCGGUGCUUUACAAACUGCCAUCACCAACACCAUGGAGGGACACCAUGGACUAGCAGGCUGGCGGUGGCUGUUCGUGAUCAACGCCAUCAUUACUGUGGUGUGGGGAUUCUUGGGAUUUUUCAUGAUUCCUGAUCUGCCGAACAGGCCAAACCCCCGUGCAUUUUGGUUCAAGAAAGUGCAUGCCGAACUCUCCAUGGAACGAUUAGCACGUAAUGGCCGCGCAGAGCCGAAGAGAAUGACAUGGGCUGGUGUCAAGCGCACGUUUUCGGGGUGGGUGGUCUAUUUCAUCGCGGUGUUAUAUAUCGCAACCGUCCUCGGGACAUACGGCUACGUGUACUUUUCGCUUUUCUUGAAAGCUCUCAAGAGACCAGACGGCAGCCCAAGAUGGAGUGUCUCUCAGGUGAACGCGAUCCCGAUCGGCGGUUCAGCCAUCAACGUGGUCUUCGUAUGGGUGUGGGCCUUGCUGUCCGACUUCCUCGAAACGAGAUGGACACUCAUCGUCCUCCAAGGCAUCAUCGGCAUUAUCCCAUGUAUCAUCAUGAGCAUCUGGACGCGACAUCCUACAUCGGUUGACGUAUCCGCCGCAUACGCAUCUUAUUUCAUUGCACACACCUGCCUCGGUACCGCGCCACUUAUCUUUGCCUGGCUUUCUGACCUCAUCCCACAAGAUCCUGAAGCGCGCACUCUCGUCGUUGGUGUUGCAGUCGCAGGAUACUAUGCCAUCUCGGCGUGGUCGCAGGUCCUGGUCUGGCCGGCCUCUCAGGCCCCAUAUUAUCGGUACGGUUGGCAGAGUGCUCUUGCCUUGUUAGUUCUUGUCAUCGUCAUGACAUGUGUUUUGCGUUUUAUUGAUGUGCGAUACUUGUUGCCCAAACGUGUGGCUUUUCAGGAAGCCCUUGAUGCUGAGGUGGUUGCGGGUGGCUCAUUGAAGAAUGAUGAAGAACGGCCAAGAGAUGCGGAUUUGAAGACGCCGACUACUAGUACGAGGGUGGAUGAGUAA